GAGUGAACAGCUGACUGGGAUGACGUGGUAGAAAAUUGAGGAAGCUGUAACCUUGACUUGGAUACUGAACUCAGUUCACAAGACAAACUCAAGAGGACCAAACAUGACAGCAGUCCGACUUGUUUUGAUAGUGCUGCUUCUCUGCCUCACUCAUCCACUACCAGGUGAACGUCGAGACCGACUUUUUUUGUUUUCAAAGGAAAGAGAUGAUGUGAAAUUACUAUGUGAAAAUGUAAAAGCUAAAGACUGCUCUUCAACUACAUGGAUCUAUAGCAGGUCUAGAUCCCAAAUCGCUGUUGAAGAGGUCAUCGAUGGGAGCACCAACUCUGUGGACAGAAACAGGGCAAACAGACUGAAGCUGGAGCCUGACUGUUCCCUGAAAAUUAUUAACGUCACAACUCAUGAUGCGGGAGAGUAUAGCUGUCGACAGCACUCGACUGAAGAUGGACCACAAGAUGAUGCUCUUGUUUUUCUUUCUAUACUCACAGUUUCCUCCUUAAUCCCAGCAUCAGAGAUGAAGGCUAACACCACUGUGACUUUCUACUGCCAAUUAGCUAUCCACGAGAAUUGGCUGAAUGAACAGGAUGGUAUAAAGUUAGUGUGGACUGGCUUUGACCAAGGUCAGGUCAAGGAUGUGAAUCCAUAUACAAUCUCAUUCACACGAACAUUGACAAAAGAGGACAACAAUAGGAAGCUGCAGUGUAAAGUGGAAUGGAAGGGAGAACUCAAAGCCACUGUGGACUACACCAUCAACCUACAAGGUCAAGAUGGCUCUCACCUUGUGGGCUUGAUAGGUGCUGUGGUUGGGACUGUAGCUGUGGCUCUGUGUGCAUUUCUACUAUUUCUCUGGAGAAGAAAAGCAAAGUGGCAAACGGCUAAUGUGAGGUCUGAGAAUGUGAACACUAACGAAACAAAGGAAAAAACUGAAGACGAAAGGAACACAUCAGGACAAUCAAAACAGGCUCUGGGAGGUCACCACGGAGAAAUCGCCUAUGCAGAAAUUACCAUCACAGCAAAUACCAGGAAGAGCUCUGAUAAACCCCCAGCCCAACAUAUGACUGAGUAUGCCACCAUCAAUACUAAGUGCUGAACUGCAGGUGGUUCUGUAAAUACAUAUUUAGCUAUUAACAGUGUUAUUCAUGUACAGCAUCUCUCAGUAGAAGUUGGCUUCUUUGUGGGUCUUCUUGGCUGUUACAUUUGUGUCUUUAACACUGUGUAAGUUGUCACGUGUUAACGGUUUUAUUGAUGCUGUUAAGGAUGAGUGUGGACUCAAAUACUCUCAGAGGAUGAGGGGUUGCUUUUAUAGACUUGCUUAGAGCCAUAACUCUAAUAAUUGAUUUUUUUUUUUUGAAAGAUUGAAUAUUUAGCCUUGACUUUUGUCUGUCAGAUUUCUAUUAAGAUAAUUUUAGUCCUGUUUGAAACAAAGUCUGUCAAUCUAACUAGGGUCUGGGUAGAGGUCUGUGAGGAGUUUUUCUACUUUUGCCAUCAGAUUUUUUUUUAAAUCAAAUCAUGAACCAGUUGUAUUUGUAAGGGAUAUACUGUAGUGCUUCUAUUCCUGUCUAUUUUAAGUCGCUAUCAGGGGAAUUGGUGGCAAUAUUUUACUCUGCUUUUGUACUUUAAUGUAGUUAUCUAUCGAUUG